AUGGAUAGCCUUGAGUCUCCUUCUGGGAUUCGAAUCUCUUUGAGCGAUAAAAAGACGUGGAAUGAAUUCUAUCCAAAAACUGAAAUGAUCGUAACAAAGAAAAAGGGAAGAGUCAUAUUCCCUCAUUUGAAUUAUAAUUUGAAAGGAAUGGAGCCAGGAACACUUUAUACAGUACACAUUCACUUGGAACGCGUCGAUCAUAUUAAAUAUAAGUUCGACGCCGGAGAAUGGCAAGAAUUUGGAAAAGGAGAGCCAGUUCACCCGAUCAAAUACAAAGAACAUCCAGAUGGAGCACGUCCAGGAUCACAUUGGAUGAAGGAAACUGUCUCGUUUUCUCAUUUGAAAAUCACAAACGAUGCAGAAAACAAAGACAACAAAUUGAUUCUUGUCCAAAGUAUGCACAAGUAUCGACCGGUUGUUACAAUCACAAAACAUGGAGGUUAUCCGGGAGAAGAAUUUCGAUUGGCUCUUACUGAAUUCAUUGUGGUAACUGCUUAUCAGAGUGAUGAAAUGAUCAAAUUGAAAGUAGCUCAUAACAAGUUCGCCUCUGGAUUCCGUUCGAAUGGAAAGAGAAGAAAUUCAAUUGAUUCCGAGAACACAUCGCCAGGCGACGUGAAAAGAAGAUCCACGUCAUCUGAAUCAUCAUCUUCUAGUCCACUUCUCGUAUCUCCACCGAAUUUUGAUUCAGUAAUGAAUCCAAUGAAUCCAUUGACUCCAAUCGAGUUCAAUCAGAAUCCAUAUCCAACUCAACCAAUUUAUCCGAUGCAAAAUCAAGUGUUUGAUUUUAAUUCCGCGUAUUGGAAUUCAUAUUAUCAACAACAACAAGCGUACUGGAAUCAUAAUCAAAUGAAUAUGAUGAAUCAAUGGAGUACUGGAAAUCCAAUGAAUUCUGAGAACGCUCACAAUGGAUUCGGAGGAAUUUAA